UGCCCAAACAAUUUUCCUUCACACAACACAAAGACAACUCCUCCAAUACAAACCAUCAUUUCUUUUACAACACAGAUUAGUUUUCCAGAGAGAAAGUAGUAGUGAAAGACACAGACAGACUGUGAUCAUUAUUAAUCAAUGGCCUCCACUCAAUGUUUCCUUCACCACCAUGCACUCUCUACUGCCACCACUAGAUCCAAGUCAUACCGCCAGGUAUCAGCCAUCAAGCCUACUUCAACCCAGCUCGUCAUCCGGGCAACCCAGAAAAACUCUGUAGAGGAGGAGAACAAUGCUGUUUCCGUCUCCAGAAGGUUUGCUCUUACCGUUCUUAUUGGAGCUGCAGCUGUUGGAUCUAAGGUCUCACCAGCUGAUGCUGCUUACGGAGAAGCCGCCAAUGUUUUUGGCAAGCAAAAGAGCACUGAGUUCAAGACAUACGUAGGAGAAGGUUUCAAGUUAGAGCUUCCAGCAAAAUGGAACCCAAGCAAAGAAGUAGAGUUCCCCGGACAGGUUUUGAGGUACGAGGACAAUUUCGAUGUCACCAGCAAUCUUUCAGUCAUGAUCACCCCUACCGACAAAAGUUCCAUCACCGAUUACGGUGCACCUGAAGAUUUCCUCUCAAAGGUGGAUUAUCUUCUAGGAAAGCAAUCUUACUUCGGCAAGACCGAUUCCGAGGGAGGAUUUGACACCGGUGCUGUGGCAACAGCAAAUCUAUUGGAGGCAUCAUCACCGAAGGUUGACGGAAAAACAUAUUAUUACUUGGAAGUCUUGACAAGGACAGCAGAUGGAGAUGAAGGAGGUAAACAUCAACUUAUUACUGCAACCGUCUCUAAUGGAAAGCUCUACAUUUGCAAGGCACAAGCCGGUGACAAGAGAUGGUUCAAAGGUGUGAAGAAGUUUGUUGAAAACGCAGCAACUUCCUUCAGUGUUGCAUAAGAGAAAAGAAAUGAGAUAUUUUAAAACUCAAUUCGGGUUGUUUUGCUUAAAUUUUCUAUCUCUUGCAUGUAAAUGAUGAUUGGAAAACAAGAUAAUAUUAGGAAAUGCUGGGGUUUUAAGUUUGCUUAUUAUCACAUUAUAUAUAUGAGUUGAUGAUCGAUUUGGGAGCAAACUGGCUUGCUAAAUUAGCCCAAGAUUUAUGGUAGCUUAGGCUGUUGUUGUAAGGACGAUAACGUCGUAAAGAUACUAGAUUAUGAAUUAUCACGUG